AUGACAGAGUACAAGUUGGUAAUUGUUGGAGGUGGUGGUGUCGGCAAGUCAGCGUUGACUAUUCAGUUGAUCCAGAAUCACUUCAUUGAUGAGUACGAUCCCACUAUUGAGGACUCGUACAGAAAGCAGGUCACCAUCGAUGACGAGACAUGCUUGUUGGACAUCCUCGACACUGCUGGUCAAGAAGAGUACUCAGCCAUGCGUGAUCAAUACAUGAGAACUGGUGGUGGAUUCCUUUGUGUCUACUCGAUCACCUCACGAUCAUCAUUCGAUGAGAUUGCUGCAUUCCGUGAGCAGAUUCUCAGAGUCAAGGACAAGGACAAGGUGCCAAUGAUCGUCGUCGGUAACAAGUGCGACUUGGAGGGUGAGCGUCAAGUCACCACCGGCGAGGGUCAAGACCUUGCCAAGUCAUUCGGUUGUCCAUUCCUCGAGACAUCAGCCAAGAUUCGUGUCAAUGUUGAGGAGUCAUUCUACUCGCUGGUUCGUGAGAUUAGAAGGGACACCAAGGGUGACACCAAGCCAGACAAGAAGAAGAAGAAGGGUAACCUUAUGAACAAGUGUGCUCUUCUCUAA